GCAUGUCGAAAUGUUUACUAUUGAGGUACUUAAAUAAAUGCAUUAAGCUACAUAUUAUCUGUAUUUAAGCUUUCUUACAUGUAGCAGGGCUUGUUAGGUCCAAGCCACAUAAAAUUGACAAAUCGUCCCGAAGCCGAGCUCAUGAUUUAAGGUAGAGCACUGCCACAAGAACGACGUCGUCACUGGACGAAAACGACCUAAGUCACUUAAAGUCAGGUUUAAUACAAGUCACUACUAACUAAUAAUUUCUACCUUGCUACCUACUACAGUCAACCGCAACCUCGACUUCCGCUCUUAAUAACCAAUUCUUUUUUUCGCUCCUCAAACUAUUACCUCACAAUCUUGUUAGUGCAGCAUAGCAUUGCUUCCCCUGAGCGCUACGAAACUACGAAACUACGCAAUAAAAACUAGAAAGGAAUAUAUCCUCAUCCCGAUCCCGAAUUAAUACUCCCGCUAAACCAUCCAUCCCAAAUCGGAACUACCUUUUAAGUAAACAAACUAUCGCAACCUCGUAAAGCGAUGAGCUUCCGAGGCUUCCAGAAGAGCGUUGUCCGAGCGCCGCAACAAUUCAAAGCCAAAUUCAACAUUGGAGAACACUCAAAAGAUCCUGUCUUCACCGAUGCAGAGAGACGUUUCCACGAGCUUGAAGUUGAGACCAAACGUCUCCACGAUGAGAGCAAAAAGUAUUUCGAUGCCAUUAAUGGCAUGCUCAACCACCAGAUCGAGUUCAGCAAAGCGAUGACCGAGAUUUAUAAGCCAAUAUCAGGUCGCAUGUCAGAUCCUGACUCGGUGGAGGUUCAAGGAAAUCCCGAAGGCAUCCGCGCCUGCGAAGAGUACGAGGCUGUCGUCAAAGAUCUACAAGAAUCACUUAAACCCGAACUGGAGAUGAUCGACUCGCGCGUCAUCCGUCCCGCGAACGAAUUGCUCGACGUGCUCAAGGUCAUCAGGAAAACGGCGACAAAACGUGAACAUAAGAAACUCGACUACGACCGGCACAACGCGACGCUGAAGAAGAUACAAGAUAAGAAGGAGAAAAGCGCCAAAGACGAGAAGGCCUUGUGGAAAGCGGAGAACGAUGUCGAGCAAGCUACCCAGGAGUUCAACUAUUUCAACGACCUUCUAAAGGAUGAACUACCAAAGCUGUUCGCUCUUGAGCGCCAAUUCAUCAAACCUCUUUUCCAAUCAUUCUACUAUAUGCAGCUAAAUAUUUUCUACACACUUCACGAGAAGAUGCAGCAUUGCGAUAUUGGAUAUUUCGACCUAACUCUUGACGUAGAAGAGGCUUUCGCGAGGAAGCGAGCAGAUAUUCAGGAGCAGACUGAGCAAUUAACCAUCGUUCGGUUCAAGACUAGCGGUCAGAAGAGGCCACCGAAGUACGGGAACAAACCAGCGGCACUUGAACCGGGACCUCGACCUGCUGGUUUACUUACAGGUCCAUCGUCCGCACCGAGCCCAACAUCAACCAAAUUCGGCCAACAGUCACAAGCAGAUGGUGUGGAUAACCCCCCUCCACCUUAUUCCGCAUCAGCAGCCGCCUUCAAAUCGCCGAUGUCCCCGCCCUUGGCCGGCCCCAAAUCACCUGGGUUAGCAGCUAUUGCGGCAGGAAAGCCGAAACCACCUCCACCGAAGCCUAAACCCAGCCGACUCACCGGCGCUCCAGCUGUAGAGACAGUUACCGCUUUAUACGACUAUUCAGCCCAAGCCGAGGGCGACAUCAGUUUUAGGGCAGGAGACAUAAUAGAAAUUGUCAGUAGAACACAAAAUGAGAAUGAGUGGUGGAUUGGAAAGUGCCACGGUAAACAAGGCCAGUUUCCUGGUAAGUAUUUAUUUCACGGGAUAUCUCAUUCGCUCCAACUAAAUAUUGCAUGGUAGGGAACUAUGUGAAAGUAGGCUAGAACUUAUCUCUCAACCAUCAAGAUGCUCUAGGUGAUUCCUCCUACACCUAAAUAGGAACUAGGACAUGAUAUAAUUCAGCCGUAUGGCGUUUUACCGUCAGAUGGCCGGUAUAUCGAUACUUCAGGGGUUGUUGGCAGUAGUCAGCAAAUUUUGGACUAUUGCUGGAAAUUAAGCUGGACUUGUUGGGUGUAGAGGAAGAUGUGAUAGGAGGUACUUAGUUGGAAUGGUCGGUUCAAUAAUCAAAUCGACGACUCCUGAUGAAACUUGGAAGCUAGAGGAACGUUGGACAAUAGGCUAUAACAUCGCCUGUUCUUGUAUGUUCCUUUCUCCAGAUCGGACCGGUAGCAAGAUGAUCAUAGUAUCAGAAGCCAAGUCAAGCAAAUUCUGGUUAUGCUUUCCAGAUGUUUUAAAUAUAUGUGAGGCGAGCGGAUAUACUGGUUGGUUCCUCCAAUAUGGUAUUACUGAAGAUGACUAUGAAUCUCAGGGUAUGUUAACAUUAUUCGAUGACGAUUAACCUAGGAAGACACAAAUGAAUCACUAGGAGGUAUCCUAUACAAUGUUGAGGGAGGACUCUAGGCGUUCGUGGUAAAACCAUGGUGCUGGGUGUAUUACCUCACCACAAAGACACAUUCCGACCCAGAACUACAGUUGGCCCCUUCGGGGUGGGGUGGGUAGGGUGUGCUCUGCAAAAUGUACCCAAGGUAGUAGGCAUGUAAG